UGUCAUACAUCGAGGAAGGGGCUGAGUAGAAGCUAUAGGCGGAGGUGGAGGGAGGGGUAGAUAGACAGCAAUAAUGCACUAAAACACGAACAAUAUUUUUUUUUUAAAAAAACAUAUGCUGUUUAUUUAUUGCAAUUGUAAUACAAAAUACCAACCAUUAGAGAGGGGAACCUGCAGAUCGACAUACAGAGGGAACGGCGCACACGGCUUCAUGGUAAUCCUCAUCCAACAAUACAUAUAUUAUUUGCUCGUGGUGUUUUGCACCUGCUACGCCUCCAAGCCACUACGGAAUUGCGAGACUUGCAGCAACACUACUAAAGGAUUGUGAUCCAUACAUUUUUGACCUCAAGAUCCACAUGAUGACAGACGGCAUCAUGAGUAAGGCAGCUACUAUGGAGAUCCCUAUAAACAGCAAUGGAGACACGGGGACCCUACCCGAGGACGACAGUCUGGAACAGGACCUGCAGCAAGUAAUGGUGUCAGGGCCCAACCUGAAUGAGACCAGCAUUGUAUCGGGAGGCUACGGAGGCACGGGGGAGGGGAUCAUUCCCAUUAGCUCUAUCAAAGGACCUGGGAUCUGCUACAACCCAUCCAUUCUGGGAAGACACAUCCUCCCGCAGGGACAAGGCCUGCGUUUGUCCAGGGGAUCCCACAUCUGUCCUAGCGAAUCAGCAGCCAGCCGGAUAGCCAACCACGGAGAGCCCUGCACAGGUUCCAGCAUGCAUCAGUCACACAGCAGCUCAGCCGUCACAGCUGAAGAAGCAUCACGGGGUGUUGCUGUGGAAAAACUUGACAUUGUCAAGAAGUGGGGCAUCAACACCUACAAGUGUACAAAGCAGAUGAUUUCUGAGAGGUUUGGCCGUGGAUUACGGACUGUGGACCUGGAAUUAGAGGCUCAGAUUGAUGUACUGCGGGACACCAAGCGCAAAUAUGAGAACAUCCUGCGGCUGGCAAGGGCGCUCACCAACCACUUCUACAGCAUGGUGCAGACGCAACGUGCGCUAGGGGACACCUUUUCUGACCUGAGCCAGAAAUCACCUGAAUUACAGGGUUUCCAGAUCAAAUGUCUUUCUGAUGUGCAGGACGAGUUUGGAUACAAUGCUGAGACACAGAAACUGCUGUGUAAGAAUGGGGAAACUCUUCUGGGGGCCAUCAAUUUCUUUGUUGCCAGCAUAAACACACUGGUCAACAAAACCAUGGAGGACACGCUGAUGACUGUCAAACUCUAUGAGAAUGCAAGGUUGGAAUUUGAUGCCUACCGAGCAGACUUGGAGGAGUUAAACAUGGGUCCUCGCGAUGCUGUCACCCUUUCCCGCAUUGACACAGCACAGCAGCAGUUUCAGAUACACAAGGAAAAGUAUGAGAGGCUGAGGAGUGACGUCACCAUCAAACUCAAGUUUCUGGAGGAGAACAAGGUGAAGGUGAUGCACAAGCAACUGCUCCUGUUCCACAAUGCAAUCUCAGCCUACUUUGCAGGGAACCAGCAGCAGCUUGAACAGACCCUCAAGCAAUUCAACAUCAAGCUAAAGCCUCCUGGUGCGGACAAACCAUCGUGGCUGGAGGAGCAGUGAGAUCUCACUUUCCAAGGAACACAUCGAAUGACCAACAGACAAAAACAGCCAGUGAGAGCAGGGCCAGGGAAGGCCUGUAAAACAGCAGUGGUGGAGAAGUGGACUGUCCCCCUGUCCCCCUGUCCCCGUCCCUCCCUCUUCUUGCGUUUUGAAGAACUCUUAAAAUGUUUCUCUAGGAAUAAUAACUUUUCAUCCUUCAUAAAAAAAUAAGUUUUUCAAAUGCCAUGGCAGUUAGCAGUUUUAAAUAAUAUAUAUUUGUGAUAAGGUUUGUAAUAUUUGAUUGAAAGUAAUAGUCGGGUAACAGUUGCCAUCCUUGUGACUGCAGCCAGCAGGGCAGCUUGGUGGCUAUAUCUAUCUGUUCUAUGUGCUUCAGUCACUAGCUAACCCUGCUGAUACCCAGAAAAUCCAGCAUCUGGAUAAUGGUCUUUUAUAAUGACUUGUUUGCUUCUAAUGGGAUAUUGUGACUCUACAGCCUGUGUAACAACCCAAGCCAGGUUCACAAGGUUUACCGUAACCUCUAGAAUUUGGUUGAAAUGCAUAUAAUGAUACUGAUCCUUGAAUUUGCCAUGCAGAGUUCCAGAUCAAAUGCUAUAAUGAUAUUGAAAUGGCUUUUUUUUUAUGACACCCUAUAGGGGACAAAUAAUUACCAUUCAUCAUUAUCAUAAUCGAAAAAAUAACAGUUUGAAACCUCAGAUAAAAACCAAACAAACAUUGACAUGUUGUUUACAAAGACAAAUAAUAAGCAACAUUGUGGUGGAAUUUAUAGUAAAUUUGGUCUGAAGCACUGCAUGGUGAAUUCUGUGGUUCCCUUUCCUUUUCCGAUUGGUUUGCUGGGGCAAGCUAUACAGCGGUAUAUCCCAAUCGAUAAUGGAGAACAUUUCUAUUUCAGGGAACCAGGGUUAUGAUGUAUAACCUAAUGUUAGUAUCUUUCAUAUGAUAUGUAUUUACUAUGAUAACACUGUCUAUUAACUUGGUCUAUAUAUUCCAUCUAGAAAUUAAAUAUGCUUCUGCAGGAAGUUGGAGGUAAAUUUGUUGAUGAGUAUUUGGUAUGAAUACAGGCAAUAUUGAUGUAUGUAAACCAAAACAAAAGGUAAUGUUUUUAAGAAUCAGUUAAGCGCUAGGUGGAGCUGACCAUGCAGCAGACAUUUCAGUGGUAACACCGAGGGGCUCGGGCUGCUUCAUUCUGACCACAAAGGAUUCUCUACCUGGGAGCACAUUAUGUGUUUGUCAUACAAACCACAAUGCAUCUUUUGCUGAACAAAGUUCCUGAUUAACAGUAUGACACAUUUUCAUAGCGCAAAUAAGCUAUACAACCAUUGCGCUCCAUACUUCCCACAUUAAAUAUGUAUUCCACUGUUCCAACAGACAUUAUUAAUACUACAUAUUCCAGCAUUACAAGAAAAACCUACUUGAGAGUUUUAGUGGCAUUUGCAUAUCUUGUAAAAAAGCAGAUGAGAGAACCCCCCUCCCCCAACACCAAUGUGUGAGAGGCAAGGAGCAACCUCAAAUCCAUAACUGUGACUUUACUGAGGCCCAUUAAGAAGAGCUAGGAGACUUGGAGACAACAUGGGCCAGUGGUAAGCACCCAUCUCUUAAGCUGGAAUGGUGUGAAGCAGUGAUACCUGUUUUACAACCACAUUAACACUAUCAAUAUGCACUACUCAUUUUUUAUUUUCAAAGAAAAAACUGUUUUCUAAUCUUGCACGGAAUAGGGGUAGGCAACACAAUCCAGGGCAGAUUAAAACAAAAAUAAUACUUGAUGUUUUAAACAAAACAAGGUGCAAUUUACAGAGGUGGAUAAUGAAUAAUUAACAUGUGGCAUAAAUAAUAACUUCCCAUUUUAGUAACGAGUAUAUAUGAAGCGGCAGUGGAGCCUUUUUUCAGGUAAUAGAGUGUUCUUAUUGGAGGGUUUUAGCACAUUGAAAAUAAUUUAAAAGAAUGGUACACUGUUUCUGUUUCAUUUUAUUUAUUUUUUAAAACUUUUAAUUAUACAGUUUAUGACCACUAGAUGGUAGUCUAAUAUAUGAAAUGACCUUGAUUCCUGUGUGCGCCCAUUUUCUCUUUUAAGGAUGAGAGCUCUGGGGUUCUACAUUUCUGUGGCACUCUUCUCUGCCACGGAUCACCUCUGUAGCUGUAGUAGCGAGCAGCUUACCAUCACUUAAUACACCAGUAUAAUAUGCCUUCCUUGUAAAUAUGGUCACUGUUCGAGGUUGAACCCAAAAUGUUCCACACCUUAAGCCACUGUACUUAAGGUUAUCCUACCUGGACUGUAACCAGAUGAGACCAGUCCUGUGAGCAUACCAAGCCCCAUAGUUGACCCAAAUAAAGGGGUGCUUAUGGACCAUGUUUUUUGUCUUAACUAUUUCUAGUGAUAUAUUUCAGGCACUCCAUAGGUAGUUUUAAUUAUUAGACAGAAAAAAUGAAAGGUUUAUAUUAUUUGCGUACAAUCAAUAUUUUUUUUUCAGGCUGCUCUGUGAUAUUGUAGUGUAUGAAUGAUUGUAUAUAUGUAAUGAUAUUUAAAAUAAUAAAAAAUGAGUUUCUGUGGAAUUUCA